AUGGUAUAUUCUUUAUCAUUCAAUCAUAUUGAAGAUUGCUUUUAUGAAAAACGUAUUGAUACUUCUUUAAAUGGUUAUAAUGAUCUUCAUGAUCACUGGAUAUCAGAAUUAGAUUGUUUAGAUCGUUGUUUAAAAUUAAAACCUGAACGAUGUCGUUCAUUUGAACAUUGGCGUUCACAUCGACAUGGUUUAUGUGUACGUGCUAAUAUAUCAUUAACAGAUCAACCAUCAUCAAUAGGAACAAAUUUAUUUGUUGAUUAUUAUGAAAUUGAUUGUCGAAAAGACACAAAAGCUGUGAGAUUACAAACAACAACAUGUCCAGGUGAUCAAUUACAUAUAUUAGUCACAUUAAAUGGUAUUGAUCGAAAUUAUGUUCUACUUGGUGAUAGUGGUUGUAUACCCGUAUGGUCCAAUGAAACACAUGCACAAUUUAUUACACAUGUGGAUAAUUGUUCAUUGAUUUUAACUGAUGGUUCCAUUAUUGGAAAACUUCGUUGGGAAGGUGUAGAUAAAGAUACAAAUGAAGCUAGACAAUAUGAACGUUUUUUUCUUUGUCCAAGUGACAUAUAUCAAAUACGUUCAGCCCAUUGGACAUCAGCAACAAUGAAAAUAUCAAUGACAACAUCUAUCAAAAGUACUUCAUCACCAACUUCUACACGUCGUCGUUUACCAUCAACAUUAUAUCAUGAUGAACAAUCUGUUCUACCAACUCAUAGAAUUCAUUUACAAUGGAUUGUACAUGAUCGAACAUAUUCUUGUCCGCAAUUUUGUUCUAUUUCACUUUAUUCUCUUAUUCAUGUAACAUUAGAUGAUUCAACAUUAGUAUCAUCAAGCUUUUUUAUUGAUUCAUGUGAUUUAAUAGCCCUUUAUCCAUAUUCUGAUUAUGUACAAAAACAUCAAUUAAUAUAUCGAGGUUGUCCAACUGAUCCAACUGUGAUUCAUUUACCAUCGAAAAUAAAUUCUUUAUCAACAUUUUAUUAUUCCUUUUAUCUUUAUAAUAUUCUUAAAGAACCAAUACCAUUUCAAAUUCAAUGUAAAAUAUUAAAUGCUGAACAAAAAACCUUCAUAAAUCAUACCAAUUGUUCAUCAUUAUCAUUAAUUGAUAAUGAUCAAUUAGCAAUAAUAAAAAAUGAUAAAAAAGAUUACUCCUAUGUAUUAUUUCGUUCAUCACCUGUUUAUGUUAAAAGACAAUUACCAUUAAGCUUCUUUGAACAAGAUAAAUCUAAUAUUACUAGUAAUUAUUUUAAGAAAUAUAAAAAAAAUUACAAGUAA